AUGGCGAUGGUUUCAGAUUUUCAUCAUCCGUACGAGCCGUAUGACAUUCAGCUUGAAUUGAUGCGAUGCGUGUACACUUUGCUCGAUUCUGGAAAAAAGUUGGCUGUUCUGGAAAGCCCUACUGGAACAGGCAAAACGCUAUCGCUUAUUUGCUCGGCAGUGACCUGGCUGCGAGACAAUAAGGCUGAGUUUGUAGCAGGCGCAGCUGGCACUCGCGGGGCUGUCACUGGCAGAGCCAGUGACAGUGGUUGUGAUAGCGAUAGCGACGAUCCGGCUUGGGUCACUGACGCGCAUGCCGCGUCAGUGCUGGAGUCGAAACUGCAUGGCAUUGGCGACUAUGAGUCGGUUUUAGCGAAGCUGAAAAAGAACUCGUCCGCUCAUGCGCUGACGUUUGCGACAGCGCAAAGGCACUCCCACGCACGCAGGCAAAGAAAGAUCGCACAUCUGGACGUCUCCACCGAUGAUGAUUCGGUUUUUUUGCCUCAGGACUAUGUCUCGGAUUCUGAAGACACAAGUGUCAGUGCCCCUGAUCGGAUCGACCAGAUACGUAACGAGGUGUCUGCGCUGCUGGCGGGUCUGGAUCAGGAAAGCCGAGCUUCGCAGGUCGACCAGCUGCAGUUGUUCAACCCGGUCAAAAUCUUCUUCGCUUCUCGGACUCAUUCUCAGCUGAAUCAGUUCGCUUCGCAGCUGUCUCUGCCACAUUUCGCAUCAUCCUUUGAGAAAUAUAAUAUCCCUAUGGAGAGAGUGAAAUACUUGCCUCUCGCCUCGAGAAAACAACUAUGUAUCAAUCCCUCGGUCACGAAAUUGAACUCUGUCGACGCGAUCAACGACGCCUGUUUAGAUCUCUUGAAAAACAGCAAGAGCAAGGACGCCAACAGGGACGCAAACAAGUGUGGUUGUCCUUUUUACAAAUCGGCAUCGAGCAAUGUGAACUCUGGCUUGCUUCGAUCUUUCCAGGACCAGACGUUUGUCGAUAUUCACGAUAUAGAAGAUAUCGCUGAUAUUGGUAGUUCUUUGAAUGUUUGUCCGUACUACGCGUCGCGGUCGGCAAUUUUAGCCGCCGAGAUAAUCACGCUGCCAUACCAAUACUUGCUAUCGCAAACUACAAGAGAGUCGCUCUCGAUAGAUUUGACGGACUCGAUAGUCAUCAUUGAUGAGGCCCACAAUCUCUUGGACACGAUCAAUUCGAUUCAUUCAUCCGAAAUUUCUCUAAAUGAUCUGAAGAAGUGCUAUGGUGGUUUGCAGAUUUAUUUUGGCAAAUUUAGAACAAAGCUGAGCGCGAAUAACAGAGUCAGUUUGAUCAAGUUGAUGAAAUUGGUUGAUUCGUUGAUCCGAUUCAUCGUGAAGAACUUUAAAAAGCCGGGUGAGAGGAUUGAUUCCAAUUUCUUGUCAAGUGACUCAAAUGCUGAUACCCUGAAUGUCCACAAGAUCAACUCUUUUAUUAAAAAAUCAAAGAUCGCUUUCAAGGUCGACUCUUACAAUCAGUCGAUUUUACAGGAGCAGUCAGUUUCCUCAUCGUCACAGCCGAUCAUAUUUAAGGUAUCUUCUUUCAUUUCCUGUUUGAGCAACCCGGCAAACGAGGGUCAAUUCUUUUUUGAAAAAGGCCACACCAUCAAAUAUAUGCUUUUGGAACCCUCUAAGCCUUUUGAAAGUAUACUGGAAAAGGCACGCUGCGUUAUUUUGGCCGGUGGUACCAUGCAACCAAUUUCCGAAAUUCUAGAUAAUCUAUCUUCAAAUAUACCAAGGGAGAAGAUUGAGGUUUUUUCCUGCAAUCAUGUAAUUCCUGAUAAGAAUUUAGAAACUUUCAUUGUGAAAGAUUCUCGAUUUGAGUUCACUUUCGAAAAGAGGGAUAAUCCAAAGCUGAUCGAAGAUCUUUUCGAUUUUUACUAUACGCUCUCUCAAUCCGUGCCAAGAAAUGGUGGUAUUGUGGGGUUUUUCCCAAGUUAUCAAUAUCUUGAGUUUGUUAUGAAGUCCUGGAAAAAAUCGGCACAUUUUUGUAAACUGAACUCGAAUAGAGCAAUUUUUUAUGAGUCAAAAAGUGAUUCAGAUCCAUUUCAUGAUUACUCGACCCACGUCGCCCAAGGUAAAAGUGCGAUAUUGUUCGCCGUGGUAGGUGGAAAACUCUCUGAAGGUAUCAAUUUUCAAGAUAACUUGUGCAGGGCAGUGGUAAUGACAGGUCUGCCGUUUCCUAAUGUGUUCAGCGGUGAGCUUUUGAUCAAGAAAAAUCACAUAGAAAACAAAAUACUCAAUAAUGGCGGGUCGAAACAAGUUGCUAAUAAAGCGGUUAAAGAUUUUUAUGAGAAUAUUUGCAUGAAAGCCGUAAAUCAAAGUAUUGGUCGUGCAAUUAGACAUGCAAAUGAUUAUGCAUUAAUUUAUCUACUUGAUAAAAGAUAUGGGAAUGCAAAUAUAAACUCGAAAUUAUCACAUUGGGUUAAGUCACGGAUAAAACCACAGUCAUCUAUCAAUGAUAUAAUGAAUAGUACAAAAAAAUUUUUCUUUCAGCAUUAA